AUGAGCUGCGCCUCGUGCGUGCGGACUAUUGAAACGCAUCUUACGCACAUCCCGGGUGUCUCGAGAGCUGCGGUGUCUUUGCUGCUCGAGCGAGCGACUAUUGAGUACUCUGUGCCGGCCCCUGGAGGCGUAGAGGCGGAGGAGGUUUCACUCGCCAGCAGCAGCGCGCUAACUGCAGAUGCGCUGCAACGGCACCUCACUGACUUGGGGUAUAAGGCCUUAUUGCUCUCGGAUUACUACAAGCAGCAGCACGAGCCUUGCGGAGGCGCAGCAGCUGCAGCUGCAGCUGCAGCAGCAGGAGAAACAGUGCCUGCUGUCGGGGAGCUAGAGGCCACUACUGUGUUGCACAUUAGCCCUGCAGACGUGACACGUCAGGGGAGUGUCAGAGUGGAUAUGGCAGCAGUGCUGGCAGUAGCUAGCCACGGCGCAGAUGCAGCGUCUCGCAUGCUUGCUCGGGUCAGUCCUGCAGCCGCUGCAGCAGCAAGAGCAGCAGGAUACGCGGAUGCAUCGCAGAGUCUAGCUAGAAACGCGGAAGCGUGGACGGCUGCCUCCGAAGACUUUCCUGUAGGAAGCCACCAGGAGUGGAGCGCCUGGUGCGAAGCGUUCAAGACGUUUCUCCUCUCUGUACCGGGAGUCGUGUCUGUGGCGACUGCCCUGGGGGGUGUUUCUGGCGUGCCUUCAAGAGGCCCUUGUCUUAGGGUUGUGUAUGCAUACAAGAGACUAGGAGCACGUCAGCUCCUGCACCUGUGUAGCUGCAGCGGAUGGCUCAUUCGCUGGUGCCCAGGGGGGGAAGCGAUGUUUGGACAGGCUGCAGCCGCAGCUACGGCGCUGCAGCUUCAAAAGCGGCGAGUUCUUGCCGCUACACUCCCCACGGCACUCAUCGUCCUCGUCACAAUGAUUAUUCCAAGCCACUACCUUCCACUCUUGCUCGCUGAAUCGUUUCUUCCCGGACUGUCGUAUUUGCUGCUCCUGGUGGCCCUCCUCUCUGCCUUUGUGGUAUACGUUGCUGGGGUGUCUAUACACCAGGGAGCCUUGGCUGCCCUCCGGCGGGGAACGGCGGAUAUGUAUGUCCUCAUGUCUGUUGCAACGAACAUCUCCUUCAUGUAUUCGCUGUUCGUGUCUGUGCUCACUGUCUUCCUCACCAUUUACAGCGGCAGCACUGGCAGCAGCGCUGGCAGCAGCAGCAGGAGUAGUAGAAACCCCCACAUGGAUCCCCCUACGUUUUACGACACUGCCGCAGUCCUCAUCUCGGUGCUUCUGCUGGGAAAGUUGCUUGAAAAAAAAGCGCAACGGCGCGCAUUUGCUGCCGCAGAACGUCUGACAGCAGCAAGACCUCGAACUGCCGCCUUUCUGGCAGAUGCUACGGCGGCAGCAGCUGCAGCAGCAUCUGCUGCUGAAGCAGCAGAAAAGGGGGAUUUAAACCCUCCUUGUACGGCUAUCGCAGCUGCCGCUGCCUUGGCAACAGCAAAGGCUUCGCCCUUUCUCGCACCUACAGUGGCCUUUCCUGCUGCUCCCGCUGCUUCUGCUGCUUCUGCUGCUGCCUUCACGGCUCAAAGGCUUACGCAGCAGCAAGUUGCUGCUCUCGCAAGCCUGCCUCCAGUGUAUCUUCCUGUGGAGCUCUUGCAUGUUGGCGAUAUCGCAAGAGUUCCUUUGGGGGCAGCAGUCCCUGCAGAUGGGCUGCAGCUCAAUAAGGAAGUCGUGCUGGUGAGUGAGUCUUUGCUUACUGGGGAGAGCAGACCAGUGUCUAAGGGAUGCGGAGAUGCGAUAUUGGGGGGCUGUCUGGUUGUUGGAGCGGCUGCAUCAGCAGCAACUUCGACAGUCUCGAACACAGCGCUGGAGCUAUCAAGUGUCAGCGACUCCCCCCGGGGUAAAAAAGACAAGAGUCGCCGUCGGCAGUCGGCAGCAGCGGCGGCUGCUGCUGCUGCUGUUGUUGCUGCUGAGGAGGGUGCAGCUCUUCUCAUGCAGCUGCACGAAUUUGGCAGCGGCUCUGCUCUUGGUCAAGUGCUGCGCUUGGUGGAAGAAUCGGAGAGCAGCAAGCCACAUGCGCAGCAACUCGUUGAUAAGGUCGCCACCUGGUUUGUGCCUGGAGUUCUCCUUCUCUCUGCCGUGACUUUCAGUUGUUGGCUGUACUUGUUGCUUGCUGGAUUAGUGUCCCCUUUGCCGUUCUUACACCUCCCGAGAGAGACAGUCGAGGGAAAUCCCACUACUGCUCGAAUUCUUUUAGCCCUGCAGUUUGCGGUGUCUGUCCUCGCCAUCGCAUGCCCGUGUGCUCUUGGUCUUGCUGCUCCGACGGCGCAGUUAGUUUGCAGUGGUGUUGCUUCACGCUAUGGACUCCUCGUUCGCGAUGCGGCAGCCUUCGAGUCUGCGCUUCGCUUGAAGACGUUUGUCUUUGACAAGACAGGUACUCUUACUACGGGGGCUUUUGAGAUAGUUCGUGCCGCAAUGGCGAUUGGAGCAUUUCAGAGGCUGCCGGAGGAAGCGCAGCAGUUGCGUCACCGCCUGCAAGUCCAACAACAGCAGCAGCAGAAACAAGAAAGCGAGCAGUAUCUGACUAAACGCCCCUCACCGCUCAUCGACUGGAUCCCCCUCUCGCCGGAGGACUCUCUGGAGGCUUCACCCCAAUUGCAGCAACAACAGCAACAACAGCAACAACAACAGCAACAACAGCAGCAGCAACAGCAGCAGUUGCAGCACGUGGAAUUGCAGCAGCACCUGCAGCUGCAAGAGGACAGUGCAGUUUUCUUUUGGUGGCUACUCGGCGUUGCUGAGCUGAAUAGCGAGCAUCCAAUUGGCAGGGCCUGGGUGUCGGAGUGGCAGCGCCUCGGCAGCACUGUCAUUUUGCUGCAGACGGCAGGCGUAGUCUUGGGCUGUAUCGCCCUGCGUGACGCUCUACAACCGGAGGCUGCCUCAGUGGUGGAUGCUCUCAAGCAGAGAGGCGUCUCAGUGUGGGUUUGUUCAGGAGAUUCUGCAGCUGCCUCUGCAGCUGCCGCUGCAUUCGUUGGAGUCGAACCGGAUAAGGUAGUUGCUGAGGUUCUCCCGAAACAAAAGGCUGCCCUCAUCACGCUGCUUAGGCAGCAGCAGCAGGGUAGGGGUAGCGUGGGGAUCAUGGGGGAUGGAGUCAAUGACUCGCCUGCUUUAGCUGCAGGAGAUCUCUCUUUCGCUGUGGGAGCUGGCGCAGCGCUCGCUGUAAACAGUGCCUCUGUAGUCGUGGUUAGCAAUGACCUACGCGGUGUAAUCUGUUUCUUGGAGCUGGCGGCAGCGCUAAGGCGCACAACAAUUGCUUGCCUGCUUUGGGCAUGUGGCUUUAACCUUCUUGGCCUCCCUGCAGCAUGCGGAUUGCUGCUGCUAAUACCAGGUUCCCCCCUCCUCAUCUCGCCUCCCAUCGCCGCUGCCCUCAUGGCGCUCAGCUCCGUGCUCGUUAUCCAUACGGCCUCAACCCUCAGGUACUUCAGGCCGCCUGCUCUGUCUGGAGAUUCUGGUUACCACGCAUAUGCAUCCGAUGUCUCUUCACUAGAGCUGCUAAGGCGGCAUCUCCGCUUUCUUUUUAGGGGACCCCGCAGCUUCAGAGCCAGGCGGUUAGAAGCCGCUGAACGCCUUGCAGCAGGCGCGCGGCUGACAGAUCCGCUGAUGAACGAAAGUGACGUCUGA